AUGACGGCAGCGAAUCGGCAACAGCUGCUCCGAUGGCGGACAGUGUCGUACAUCCUGAGCUUGCUGAUACUGUGCUUCCAGCAGGUGGGCCUGAUGAACUACAUGUACCGGAGCCAGUCGUGGGCCCUGUACUUGGCGGUGUUCGACGUCAUAUGCGUCUGCAACUGGAUUUUCUACACGUCGCCAAAGAUGGUCGGAAUCAGGGGCGCGAACUGUUGGAUUAUUUACAGUCGUGUCAUGACCGUUAAAGUCAUCGUGUUUUACUACAUCGUCUUGCCCGAGUUCUUACCGAGGGAGGGGCUCUUGUUUGGCUCUGCGUGUGGCGCAGCCACUGAGAUUUUGAUCUUGUUGCUACUGACUCCGACGCUGUACGUGCUGACGUCUUUCCGGGCGGGGGUGCACCUGUACGGCGACAUGAGCUGCAUCUCCUCUGAGCGCCUCAUUCACACCGACCUGAUCAUCCACGUCACAUUCGAUUUGCUGGAUGUGAUUGACAUGUGCCAUGUCUACCUUACCAUCCCCUCGGUGUUUGAGUACAGGAACUACAUCACGGACGCCUUAUGCGGCGUGCUCAUUGCGACGGGCAUAUUCCUGCACUCGUACAGUUUCCCCAGGAUGAGCGAGACUUCUAGGGCCAAGGGCACCAUAGGCUUCAAGGGGGGCGCCUUGUACAGCGCGAGUGACGUCUACUACUGCCGCAAGUAUGCGGCCAUUGUGGGCAUCUUCUUCGUGGACGUCCCCUUCGCCAUCUUCCGCUCGGUCUUGUGGAUGCUGCUCGUGAAUCACACGAUGUUCGGGCCCUUCCUGCUCAAGAACAUCUGUUUCAUCAUAAUACAGGCUGCGCGCAUCCGCCACUGCACGAUUGGUAUCCGCACCCUGGAUUACUCCAAGACACUCACCGAAUAUAAAGAGGAGGAAAGGCGGCCGAUUCUGGUAACUGAUAUUGUUCUGGACGACGAUCGUCCUUCGGGUGUGGGGGAGUUGCACGAAGGCCGCGAAGGCAGUCGAUCCGAACAGAGGAAGUCGUUCGUGCGCUUCAAUACUAAGCCUGAAAAGGUGGAUGAGAAAGACCCCAAAGACCAGCCAGCCACGGGGCAGAACACGACCGAUUCAGCGACUGACGAUGAAGGGACGUUCACGGGGAUCACGAUCCCCGAGGGGUUUUCUGUAAAGGCGGUGAACUUCAGGGCUCUGUUCAAGAAGAUAGUGAUGGCCAUCAGCGUGGGUAGCAAGUGCGAGAUGGCGCACCUGCUCGACUCGACGCUGCAGCUCUCGUUGUGGCAGAACGCCAUUAUCGCAAUUCCUCACAUCGUGCUAUGGGCCGUCGAGGUGACCAUUGUGAUCGCAUUCUACCGGCUGGACUUGCAGAGUACGGCACAAUACGUCGACCUGUUCCACUUCCGCGGACUCCUGAGUGUGUCAUUCUACAGACUACCGCUCUGCUUACAGUUUACUCCCUGUCUCAUCGUCGCAGCCAGUCUGGUGAGCCUGGUAUGUUGGAUCAUGGUUGGCCCCUUGAUCGGAGCGCUGUUUGUCGCUUUCCAGGUCUUCGUGUCGCUGGUAUCGUUUUCGUUUGUGCUUUUGUCGCUGUCUGAGUUCAUCCCGGCGCUGCGUAUCCUGGCGUUCAUCUCGGAGCAUACCAUGGGAACCCCCAGGGACUACCUUUUUUUCAUGUUCGGCGUGCGCCCGUUUCUGAACUUGUUGAGUGGUCUGUAUCCGUUCCUGUGUCUCACCCUGGGCAAGCACUACAUAUACUACAUAAACCCCUCCCUGGUGAGUACGGAGGGCGCCGACCUGCUGGGCGAGUCUGUGAAGCUGAUCAGCGGCACCUUCGCCGUCAACAAAGAAGGGUUGGUACAAGACGAGUCUUUUCCAAUAUCGCUGGCGUCUCUGCUCGUUUUGACCAAUGCGGUUAUCAUGUGCGCGCCGCCAUCCUCGCACUCGCUGCUAAUCGGCCCAAACCUCAUCAAGGCGAUCAGGCUGGACAGGGCGCUGGCGAACAGCCACAAGAACGCGUUCAUGCGGACGUGCAUGAUUCGGCUCUACUGCAUACUGAUGGUGGUGGGCAACAACGGUCGUGAGUACUCGUGCGCCAUUGUGUUCUACAUCGUGCACAUGCUGAUGAUACCGCUGUACGGCCUCUUGUCGAAAGGCGUGCGCCGCUCCAACAUCGAGGCGGUGCACCAGCAGGCCAUGUGCGCGGACAUCCUGAGGGAGACCCGAAUCCACCGCACCCGGUACAACAGGCUGCUGACCUACGAGAGGGCGCACGUGAACACCACUCCUUUGGGAGAGAACCACUGGAUCUUCAAGAAGUACCAACGCAACAUGAUGUUUCUCUAA